UGUUUACCCUGUCAGUCUGCCCUAGAUUCCCCCGAUUUUUAAAAGGGCUUGCUGUCAAUUCAACUCUUUCAAAACAAAAGGCAUUAACAUUAAUUACUGAACGGGAUGAAUUCCUUGGCGCCUCUAGGGAAGGGCUGGUCCCUUUCCAUGGAUUCAUGAGCCUCCAAAAAGGGUGAGGGAUAGAGAGGAAGGUUUCUAGGGCCUACAAGGUAAAGCUAAUUUAGUACAGUACAUCGAAUACUUUUGUUAUAUUUGUGAUCAAGCCAUCCACAAUCUUUUGAUCUGCCUACUGGUAAUUUUGCAUCACAACUAUCAUUUGACCCAGGAAAUCUAUAUGAGUGCUUAUAUUUACAAUAAAUACUUAACCUUGUUAGGUAAUGAGUGGGAGGAGGAAUAUAGGGAGAGGGGAGAGAAACACACAAAAGAACUACCUGGUAACAUUAUGCAUGGAUUUCUAUUUAUCUUGAUUUAGAAUCAAUAUUAUUCUCCUCAAUUGUUACCCUAACUCCCAUAUGUUUAAAAAGUGUCUAAAGUUUAAAAGUAUCUAAAAAGACAUCCAAAAAUAAAAUAUUCAGCAUUAUGGAAGGGAAAGAAGGAAAAUAUAUACAUCCUUGUGUCAAAGGAAUGAGCAAUGAAGAGUCUUCUUCAAAUACUGCCCUUGUAUAUGACUUUGGCAAACCCUUUUUUGGGCCUCAGUACCCUCAUGUAAGUGUUUGGAUCCCUUCUGGCUCCACCUGUAUGAUCUCAUGAAUUAAAAUUUAAGAAUUAGAUUCAGAGUAGCUUAAAGGAGGAAGACUGAAAAUAUACUACUUUUAGAUCCUAACAAGUAGAAAUGUUAACAUUCCAGUUGGUUAAGUCAGAUUAAUGAACCAUUUAAACUUUCUCCAGAACAUAUAUUUUAGAGAAAAAGAUUUAGAAACUCUAAAAAUUGUUCAGAACAAUUACAUGUAAGGUCUAACGGGCUCUUUUGUUAAUCAUACUUUUAAAAAGAUCGUUUCCCAACAAGUAGGCCCUCCUAUAAUUAAAAAAUAAGUCUUACACUUAACCCAAGAAUGCAUGGAUACAUUCAGUUCCAAUAUUGAUAAAUCUCGUUGGAAUGAUAAUAUAACAUCUUGUGAAUCUUGGGAUAAAAUUGCUUUUAGAAACUUCAAAACAGUUGAAAACAUUUUUCAGCUCAAUACACUACAGCAAUGCCCCCUUUAAAAUUUUCAGGGAAAUAAAACUGGGAAACUCUCUGAAGUUCAUAGAGACCCAAAGCUAUGUCCUGUUCUACAUUUUUAGUGUUAAAAUGCCUCCCCUGAGGCACGUAUAAAUAGCUAUACCCGUUGAAAGGUAGGUCAAUUUUUUUUUUUUUUUGAAGUUUUAAGAGGGAAAAGUGAACAUUUCCUUCUUACCUAUAGAGGAAGAGAUGAAGAGAGAAAAAUUCGUAGUCUCAUUAAAUCUCUAGAAAGAAACACUAUAAGGAUUUUCUUUUGGAAAGUCUUAAGGCAGAAAUUAUGCAUGUAUUCUAGGUUUCUAUUUUUCUAAAAUACUAUAGAAGAAAAAAUAUAACUAAAUGCCUUCAUUUCAAAAUGACAAGAUGUUUUCUAUGUUCAACUGAACACCAAACUAGCUUCAUCUGAAAUCCUCUUUUCAUAUAUUUUGUCUUGCAGUUCUGUAUUCUUAGUCCUGGGGGAAAGGGGAAGGCCCAGAGAAUUUGAAAACAUAUUAUUUAUUAUUUAUUUAUCAAGCACUUUCACAAACAUUUUCCUUUUAAGCUCACAACAACCCGGCGAACUGGGAGAGCUAAAUACUCCCGUGUUUUUUGUUUUGUUUUGUUUUGUUUUAAUUCCCGUUUUAAAGAUGGAUAAAUCACAACCUCUGGAAAGUGACUAAGUUCGUAAGGACUUCCCUGCAGGAUCCAAACUCAGGUUUUCCUUUCGGACAGUGUCUGGCAGCGGCUGGUGGGAACUCUAGAUAGAACAUAGAAGAGGCAUUCUCUGAGCCCGGCAAAUGGUGAUGGAGUCUCUGUGACGAAUAGCCACCCCACGCCUUCUAUGUAAGAAGCAGAAGUCAUAGCAGCGUCCUGAAGCAUGGAGUCAGAGGGACAAGGGUUCCGGUCCUUCGAAGAUGCUAAGGCUGCUGCUGCUGCUGCUGCGGCUGCUGCUGCUGCUGCAACCAAUGCAGCUGCCGCCGCCGCUGCUGCUGCAGCUACAGAAGCUACGCAAUAUACCGCCGCCGGGGAGAUACAGCCUCGGUCCUGCAUCCGCCAGAGAGCCCGUCAGCCCCGCAAAAGAGGCGGCUUUUGGCGGGCGAUCGGCCUGGGCACGUCGUUCAAGCGCGCUGUGCAGGCUGUUGCCAAAAGCGCCACGGAAUAUGGGCCAGGUUCCCUGCCCGGUAGGACCUUCCUGCCCCCACUGGGGAGCGCAGAAGAGAGUGUGCACUGGGGGAGGGGAUUUCCCAGCACGCCCCCAACUCCCGAGGCCAGCUCGAGAAAAGGGCGGUUGAACGCUGUGACUCCUUUUUCCCCAGCAGUGGGGAAAUGGUAUUGGGAUCACGAAACCGACACUCUUCAAUAUAAAAGUCCUAUGCCUUCAACAGAAAUCAAAGAGAAAAUCAAGAAGGGCAGGUCAAUUCACUUUGUUGAAAAUGAUGGAACCACCUCAGAAAGGUUGUCUGAGAAGAGAUUUAUUAUUAAAAGAGAUGAGAAAUUAGCAAAAGGAAUUGAAAGACGACCAAAGGAUGACAAGGUUACUCUGGAUGAUGCUAAAUAUGUCGCCUUGUUUUUAUUACAAGACACUGAAAUGCAACGUAUCUAUUCCUUUUCAACAUUUAUGAGAAAUAAGAAUCUUGAUGAAUUCCUCAUGGCAUUGCUAUACUACUUAUCUCAUUAUCUGGAAAAACUUUCCUUGGAAAAGAAGCCCAAAAGUUACAUGGCGAGCCACUUAGAGAAAAGGGAGAUGGAGUUAGUUAUUGAGAAGUUACAAGAAGCACAGAAAUAUCUUGCCCAGAAAUACUGUAUCCUUGUUUUAGGUUUGGGAAUGCCUGAUAAACAUCACAUGGCCUGUGGGAAGGAAAAGAUUUCAGAUACACAAAAAGAUUGGAAAUUCUUUGAGGCCUUCUUCACCUUUUGUACAUAUGUAGCUUGGGUAGUAUUCCGACGUGAGCAUCUAAAAGAGAUUGAUGAAGAAAUAGGUCGGCUCUUUCGUACUAAUAUGUUUAACAGUGCAAGACGGAGACGGGAAGAGGAAGAAUCUGGUGAGGAAAAGAGGACAAUGACUUUUGUACAAUUCAGGAAGAUGAUGGCCAAACGUCCAGCAAUUAAAACAACCAUUCAUCUGCGCUCUCCAGCUUUAUCUACUCUUCUGCCCUCCCCUAAAGAACAUGCUCAGCAUCUCUUUGAGAAGAGUCGUAGCCGUAUGGGUGUCCCUCUUCAACGAUCCAGCCAAAAAGAAUUGGUCAACUAUGAUUCAGUUGCCAUGCCUGUAGUGGGCAUCAUAGGGGAACCUCGAAGCCUGUUCAACACCUCUACCCUUCUCCCCAGUGAACAAGAACAGACUCCGGAGCCUACAAAGAGAAAUGCUUCCUUGAUAAAUGAAAAUAAUGCCAAAGUUCAAGAGAUAUUAGAGCUAGCAAUGAAAUUACUAGGUCCAAUAGGAAUAGUGACUAAAUAACUACUGGUCCUUUUUAAUAUUUCACUUCCAAUAGAAGUCAGCUUAUUUAUUAACCUCCAAAA